AUGGCCUCUGUCGGCUCCAUGGCCGAGAAGCAGCCGCUCCGACGUCUUCAAAAUCCAGUUGACCACUCCCGUCCUGCUCCCAUUCUGCUUGUUGGCAAUCUAUUUGGCCAGCCCCCUGUCCUCCGCAGCGAAACCCAGGGACAACCAGCAAGUUCAGAGAAUGGUGAUGAAUGGCUCGGAUAUCAACCGGCCCCUUCUCCACUCUUUGAUUCUGCAGCCAAGCGCAUGUCUGUCACUCUCUGCUGCUGUUGUUGGGCAGCAGCGGCUUCAGUCCCAACUCCUAUAGCCGCAUUCACGAUGGGCGAUUUCGGGUCAGGUCUGUUACCCGAAGUGACACUGCCGCCACUGGAGGCAGCAGAACCAACAGCGACAGAGGACGAAAUCCAUGUCCUAGUUACUGGGUUUGGACCCUUCAAGACCAACCCACUCAAUCCCUCAUUUCUGAUCACUUCUGCUCUUCCUGCGACUACAACCACAGCUUCGUCGUCAACGUCAACACCACGCACCAUCCGGAUCCAUGCCCACCCUGCUCCGAUCCGAGUCUCAUAUUCCGCCGUGCGGGUUGCGGUGCCGACCAUUUUAGAUGCCUUUAAACGCGCACACCAUGGCCAAGCCCCUGAUUUGAUAGUACAUGUCGGGAUGGCGUCCACGCGGCACUACUAUUCUGUGGAAACUAGGGCGCAUCGUGAUGGAUAUCCCAUUACAGACGUAGAUGGACAAUUGGGUUACGACGACGGAGAAGCAUUGUGGAAACAGGAUGGGCUGCCUGACGUAUUGCGUCCUGGGCUGCCCCCGACAGAUUCCCCCCAUCUUUCUUCUCCCCAUGCACUUACAGAAUCCUCCGAUCCCAAGCUUCCCAUCCGCAUAACCCCGUCCCCGCUAGAUGCAGCGUUUUUGGAACGGUGGGCGGUCUUAUCUUCCGCCAAAAGCCGAUUUAAGGUUGUCGGACGACGCCGGGAGGUAUCUCUGCGAGUUCAUAUAUUAUACCAGCAUGGCAUACGCGUACAAACAAGGGGACAAUCGGAACAUUGUGUUCCUGCAUGUCCCUGGUUGGACGGAUCAAGCAAGCGUCGAAAACGGGAGAGACGUGGUUAUUGGGCUGAUAAAAGCAUUGGUUGCCUGCUGGGUUGA